GAAACUCUCUGCCAAUAAACGAGGGAGGAAAGAAAGCCUGUAACAACGAUGCUAAUUGGGUCUUGGCAUGUAGUACAUUUUUACCUCGGUCUUCUUGUUUUGGUGUAAGAAAUAAUCCCGCAACGAACGGUAAUGUGUUUAAUUAUUGAUGCCGCGAUUUAGCAUGGCUGUCGGUGGAAAAGUUACUUCAUCGAAGUACCUCAAUUACGGUACAAUCAUUACGAUGUGAGAUAAUACGACGCUGGACGGUAUCCGUAUGUAGCAGGUUCAUUGAGCCUUUUGGAGCUCCGCGACAAUGAGAGCUAUAUUUCUACUAUGGAUCUUGUUUCAAACAUUGGGGUUCAUUGGUAGUUAUGACUGCCCGCGAAAAUGUAAAUGCAGAAAAACCGGUGCGCAAGCGGAGUGGUUGAAGGCCAGAUGCGUUGGUGCAAUCGAAGAUUUAACGGAUGUUGACAUCAAUGCAGUUAGCGUGGCACUUUUCCAGCUAGAUCUGAGCAAGAAUGAAAUAUAUCUGAUACAAUCUGGAGUAUUCAGAAAUUUAACCAACCUGCGCCGCCUCAAUUUAUCAUUGAAUAAAAUUAGCUUCUUAGAAGAAGGAGCUUUUGGAGGGCUGCAUAAUCUGGAAAGACUAGACUUGAGUAAGAAUAACAUUACCACUAUUGAUACCCAUGCCUUCAGACAAUUAACACGACUCAAAAGGCUCGAUUUAUCAGCGAAUAUUAUAAGCGCCUUGGAUACAACUUUAUUUCAUGAUUUGCGGGUUUUAGAUCGUCUGAAACUGAAUCAAAAUGAUUUGACUACUUUGAAGGAUGGUACAUUUUAUGGGCUCAAUUCUUUGACACAGUUGGAUUUAUCCGGUAAUCCAUGGGUGUGCGAUUGCGGUAUUUACUGGUUCAGUAACUGGAUCCGGAAUUCAUCUAUAAACUUGAGUCCAACACCAAAAUGUUCUGCUCCAGAAAAUCUGAAGGGUCAACCAAUAAAGAAAUUAAGAGUUUUAGAAGAGAUUCAGUGCCAGCUGGCUACACCAACGAUUGAAAUGAUCCCUGAUCAAAACCAAGUAGUGUUCGCCGGUGAUUCGAUACACUUAAAGUGUCGGGCUCCUGGCAUAACAGAGGACAAAACAGCAAAGUUGAAUUGGCUAUGGAAUCCAAACACGACUGAUAUCGUUGACAAUAUAAAUUACACAGAUCCACGGACAUCUUUGCCUAAUAUUACAAUUGAGAACAGACAUUUGACAGAUAGUGGAAUAGUGGACAGCUUGCUUAGCAUCAUUCCGGUCAAAGAAGAGCACAAUGGUCAAUGGAAUUGUCAAUUAGUAUCUCUGCAUAGAAACAAAUCAAAAACUAUCAAUAUGAUAGUCAUUUCGGAGAACACUCGCUACUGUCCACUAGCAGCUACUCGAAACAACAAAGGCGUUUAUGCUUGGCCUAGAACUGUGAUUGGUUGGAAAGUAGAAUUGCCUUGCGAAGGUAAUCGGUUAUCAGGUCCGAUGCAAGUAUCUCUAAAAGCGUCUUACAACUGUAACAAAACUGGUCAGUGGGAAAAUCUGAACACAGAAUCCUGUCCAUACGUAUCUCACACAACGAAAGUACUGGAACAAUUUUCAAAAGUAAAUUUGUCACUGACAAAAGGUAGCCUAUUGGAAACGGCAAAAAGCUUUAAAAACUAUACGACGGAUAGCAGUAAAUUGACUGAUCCUGUAGAAAUUAAUUUCAUAACACUUACAAUUGAAAACUAUCUCCAUUUUUUGGUACAAGAGAAAGACCUUUGUCCCAUACUCAUAGAAAUUGUGAACGUGGUUAUGAAGUUACCUAAAGAAAUGCUAAGAAUUGCUGAAGUCAACUAUGCCUCGUGUACAAGAUUAAUCAAAGCUGUUGAAACUGUGACCGAAUUUACGCCUUCUAUACAAUCUCAUAAGAAAAAUAUGGCUCUUGAGGAGUUCAGAGUGAAACGCGAAACUUUCACUGGUUUAACUUGUACUUGGUACAGCAGCGGCGUCUUAGCAAGAGAUUCGGAUACAAGACUGUUACACUGCGCUACUAAUAAUAAAACUGCAUUGAUUAAUACAAAGGACAAAAUAGUCGAAGCAUCAAUCCAGCUACCUUCAACCCUGCUGCGUCAUCUAGAUGUUACUGUGGCUCACCAGCUUAUGAUUUCAAUGUAUAGUGAUAACAGACUAUUUCCAAUAACUACAGAAGGUAGUAACAUGGAUAUUUCAUCCUGCGUCAUCGGUAGUAAAUUAAUUGGCGUGCAAGUGGUUAAUCUAACAGAGCCAGUGUAUGUCACGUUAAAAGCACCGAUGUAUCACUAUUCCGGUAGUCAACCGAGGCCAGUAGUUUGGGAUUCGAGAGAUUCCAAAGGAUGGACAAGUGACGGAUGUCAUUUAUCGUACCUGGUGAAUAAUCUUAUAGUGUUUCAUUGCAACAGAUUAGGAUACUAUGGGCUUUUACAAGAUACCAGUUUUCUAAAAGAAGCAACAGCAAGCAUGGCGAGAGCAAAAUUCAGAUAUUCUCAUCCAGCAAUUUAUGUUGGGAGUUUCAUUGCUAUAAUAUGCUUGACAUGCGCAUGUAUCACCUACAUGGUUUGCCACACGGCAAUUCUGAUGCCAAAAAAAGUAAAACACUGUUUGGUAAAUACAUGGGUGGCAAUGGUUCUCUUGUGCCUCCUUUACACUGCCGGGAUUCAACAGACUGAGAAUAUUUACAUCUGCCAGAGUAUAGGAUUGACUCUGCACUAUCUAUCCCUGUGUAGUUUACUGUGGAUGUCUGUUUCUGCUAGCAACAUGUAUAAAAGACUGUCAAAAUCUGAUGUGGAUGUUAUACCAGAAGACGAACUGCCGGAUCAACCGAUACAGAAACCCUUGCUCGGUCUUUACUUGGUUGGAUGGGGAAUCGCACUGAUAAUUUGUGGGAUCUCGGGAGCCAUAAAUCUGCGGGAAUACGCGAGUUAUAAUUAUUGCUUUUUAACCUCUGGCCCAGCGCUAGCAGCUUUGUUUGUCCCUGCGUUAAUUUUAGUAAUUUAUCUGAUAAUAUUUCACCUAUUAAUACGGUGUGCAAUAAGAAAUAUUGAUUUGAAUGCUCAACUAUCCGAGGGUACUCAGGCCACUGAAAAUAUGGACUUAGAAUUACUUGAACCAAACGUAAACGCUUCAGGCGAUAGAAAUAGUCUGCAUAGUACGCAAACAGUGUCUUCCGAAAUUGAAGAUUUGGAGCAUUCUCAAAUAACACAACUCAAGGGACAAAUAGUAGUAUUGAUUUUGUAUUUAAUUACGUGGCUCUUGGCUGCUUCUGCUUUAACAAAGCCCCUGAUUCCUUACAUAACUCACGAAAAAACUAUACUUAGUAUUAUGUAUGCAAUUUCAGCAAGUAGCUUAGGAUUAUUUAUUCUUUUCUUUUAUGGCAUAGCUCGGAGUGACGUGCGAUUUCAGUGGUUAAGAAUGCGUUGCUGGCUUAAAAAGAAAAAGAACAGGUGUUGCAGGACUAGAAGUGUAUCCGACACUCAUCCAGUGAUACCAACUCAGCCGCUAGUACAAACAUUAGCCCCAGUAUCUAAUUCUCAAGCUACUCAAGUAAUGUCAGACACUAAUUCAAAUAACUCGUCAAGACAUACGAAUAAAUCUCGUAAUUCAAACUUGACAAAAGCUGUUGAUCUAAAUGCAAUGGAUGCCACGACUGCUGCAAAGAUAGCUAACGUUAAUUUAGUUGUCCUACAUCGGCAGCAAUACAGGUCUAACAAUUCAGUCACUACGUACACUGAGCCAACCCUAGCAUCGGUCGAGAUGUUUUACAACCCUCAUCAAAGCGGUGUGGCGCGAAAGUUCUUUAAGAAGCAAAGAAGGCAUAUGAAAAAUAAUAAUUUGGGUCCUAGAAAACAGGGUGACGGAGGUGCUACUAGUGACGGUGGCAGUUGUAUUUCUGUACCAAGACCUACCAGAUUAGAAUCUAAUAUUGAAAAAAGUAUGUUCAGUACAAGUGCCAAAGUGAAUAACACGAAUAUUCAUGUCGAAGUGAAUCCAGUGAAUGGCAUUAAAAAUGUUAACAUUCUGUCAGAUAGCGGUGGCAGUGUUUCCGAAGAACGUAAUAUGCCAGUGCGCUUUGUCAUCGGACAAGAAAAUUUUAUACAGAAUACAAAAAGAUUGAACAGUGAUUUUGACAGUGGCGCAAUCUCACCUCCAAACACUUCUCGACAUAAACAGCAGUACACAAAUACCAGUUUUAACAAUUCCGAUGGUGAAAGCAAAGUCGAGACGGAAAAACAUCUGAGAAACGUCUCCCAGCAGUGCAGUCUAGAAUAUAGCUCAGAAAUUGAAUCCGUACAACUAACGAGCGAAAGGAGUGAUCACAAUCUACCUGAAAUUGGUGAAACGCCUGAACAGACAGAUCAAAAUUUUCAUUGCUCGAGUGCCAAUGAAAUGAGCGACUUAGACGAACAUGAUAUUAACUCUCAGUUUGAAAUGCCAAAAAAAUUAUCCUAUUCAAACAGCUUGUACUGCUUGCCAAUAGAUCACCUUAUCGAGGCAAGAAAUUAUCGGAGAUCGUUAAACGACAUCGCUUCUAUAACAAGUUCUAGACGUUGUGAGAAUGAAUACUCUAGACCUUCACUGAUGGAUCUACAAAGUUUCACAAGUUCUCAUCUGUAUGAUCAAGUUCAUAACUCUCAACAGAUGAUCGACAGAUCGCAACAAUCUUUUGUUGAGGAAAAUAGCUUGACAAGCGAAAAUGCUUAUACACAAGACCAAGAUGGGCAGACUUACGCUACUUCUCUGAUGAAUGUGAACCACGAACAUGAGUUCAGACCUUUGACACAUUUGCGUCUGCACAAUUUAGAUGAGAGAAGUAGCCUGAGUAGGUCACAACAUAACGGGCAAGACUAUGGGUGGAAGGAAUUCAAUUCUCUCAAUGACUUGACGUUUCCUGACAAUUUAAUAUCUUCUGACGUCUUGAGGUCUGCACAAGCAAAGGAUAGCACAAAGGUUUGUGAGAAAGAGGGUGAUUACAGAAAUGGUCAAGGGUACGUCAUUUCAAAUAUCGACGAUGAAGUGUACUCUGAAAGUUCUUCACUCUCGGGAAACAUCAAAAAGGAAACGAGCGUUUAAAUUUUGAUGAGGAUGGCUGUCAAAUUUUUUAGAUGAAACAAUGAAUGGAAACAAUUUAGUGCAGGAAGUGAAUGUGAUAAAUUAUUGCUUGAUAUGUAGCCGAAUAUAUUUUCAAAUGUAGUUAAUAUGUUGUUCCAAAAUAUUAAUGUGCCUCAAUUAUAUGCAAAAGAAAGAAAUGCCGUUAAUUAGAUUCUUUGGAAUCUAUCAUGUUCAAAUUUUAUUAAGCUUCAUAGUAUUGAAACUGUGGGUACAUAAAGAGUGUUGUGAUUAGUUAAAUCAAUGGUUUCUAUGGGUUGCAAAUUCACUUCGGUACUACUCUGUCUAGGUUUUCGUAAGAUGGUCAAUGAUUCAAGUAUGAAUUUCACUGUGACCUAUUAUUCAUGGGAAACUAGUUCGCCUUUUUUAACUCUUGGAGACCUAGAUUUGGAAGCCUAGGAUUUCCUGCACUGAUAUCAUAUAUACAGGCAAGUUGAAAAUGAAUCUUGUAUAUUCUCUGAAGAAUCUUCCAAUAAUGUGCCACAAAAUUGGUAACAAAUCGAUGUGUGAUACUACGGUUGAAAAUCAUAGUAUUGUUUAUAAAUAUUAUAUUUCAAGAGACUUUUUGUAUGAUGUACCAAUUGUAUUGACUUGUUUGCCAAUUGUCUGCUAGUUUGUUUAUCUUAUUUUUUUUUUUUUUUUUUUUUUCUAUCAAAUAUCUUUUUGUUUCUCUUCUGUACGUAUUUAUUUCCAGAAAAAGAUAUAUUGUAUAUAACAAAUAACAAAACUUCCAAAUUUAUUGGCAACUAUUUUCUUAACAUUUUAGCAGAACUAAAUGUAGCAUAAAUAUUUAAAGUUUUUCUUCCUUUGUAAGUUGCAUUUAUAGUUGUUUAAGAUAAACUGCCAUAUUAAUCUAAAUUCGAUUAAAAAAAAAAAAAAAUGUUACUGUUAUAAUUAUGAUCUCAAAACAUUAAAUCUCACAUCAUAUUAAUUUCUAUUGACCAAUGAAGACAAAUCACACUGAUUAAAGUUUAACGUUAAGUGAUGAUCUGGCAGUUCAUUGUCAAGUUUUGUAUUUUUUAAAUUCAUUAUUCAUUCAUCUACUUUGAUUUAGGUAUGCAAGUGACACUCAGCUAAUUGUCUCUCUAUUAAA